GUAUUUAGCAUCAAUUUUUGGUACAGAAAAAGAUAAAGUUAAUUGUUCAUUUUACUUUAAAAUUGGAGCUUGUCGUCACGGUGAUCGAUGUUCCCGUAUACAUAAUAAACCGACAUUCAGCCAAAAAUUCUUUUCGUCAUGUAACGUAAAAACAAUUAUGUCAUCUAAUUAAAUAGUUUGCGGUCAAAAUCCAACUUUAAGAAAGUUAUUAAUGAGGAGAUUUAAAUUGAAUGGAUGAUGGAUGCACCUGACAUGUCUCCUUCAAAAUCUUUACGUAAAUCCUCAAAAUUCAGCGAAAAGUGCAGAUGGCUCACAUUUGGUGGCUAAUGUAUCUGACGAGGAAAUGCAGGAGCAUUAUGACAAUUUUUUCGAAGACGUUUUCGUUGAAUGUGAAGAUAAAUAUGGAGAAAUUGAAGAAAUGAAUGUGUGCGAUAAUUUAGGUGAUCAUCUUGUAGGUAAUGUUUACAUUAAAUUCCGAAAAGAAGAGGAUGCUGAGAAAGCGGUUAAUGAUUUAAAUAAUCGUUGGUUCGGUGGAAGACCAGUUUACGCUGAAUUAUCGCCAGUAACAGAUUUUAGGGAAGCUUGCUGUCGUCAAUAUGAAAUGGGCGAAUGCACAAGAUCAGGAUUUUGUAAUUUUAUGCAUUUGAAACCAAUAUCAAGAGAAUUGAGACGAUAUCUCUAUAGUCGAAAGAAGGGAGGAAAGAGUACUCGAUCACGAUCACGUUCAAGAUCACGAGGUCGGAGUGAUAGGAAGAAAAAAUCACGUUCACGAGAAAGAAGAUCAAGAUCCAAGGAGCGACGCAAAAGAGGUGCAAGCAGAGAAGAUAAAGGACGCGAUAAUCGCUCGGGAAGAUAUUAAAAUUAUAUCCGCAAAAAUUUCUAACUUCCGAAAGAAAAAAUAAAGAGAAAAAGGUGACAUUUGCAUAUGCACUUUUGCAUAUAAAUGAUAAAAGGUCAUUUUUGUAUAUAUUUUGUAUAUCAUGUAUAUCUACAUUAUAUAUAAGUUCAAUUUUGCCAAUUAAUUAAGUCUGCCUUCAAAAGAACAAGUUUGUUCUUUAUAAGCAUAUACUUGUUUCACUUGGAAACUCAAAUAUCUUAAUGUGAUGACUGCUAUACGUUAUUAAAAAGAA